GCUUCAAUCGUUGGAAGUCGAACAGUGGAUGACGACGUUACAUGAAAAAAGGCCUGAGAAACCGCGCUACCCGUUUGUGUAUGACGCAGCCAUUGAAUCUGAACCUACACUGCUAACAUUUGAUGGAGUAAAGCGUUGUUUACCUUCUGGUUCAUUCCGUAAAACUUAUACCACUUAUGAGGAAGUUUGCGUUCCUGCUAUUGAUGGAUCUCAAAUCAAAGAAGUGGACCAUAUUAACGUCAGUGAUCUCGAUGAGUUGGGAAGGAAGUGUUUCGAAGGCAUCGAAAAGCUGAAUAUUAUUCAAUCGCUGGUAUUCAACCAGGCUUAUAAAUCUCGCGAGAAUUUGCUGAUAUGCGCACCAACUGGAGCUGGUAUGGUUCAGCUUGCUAUGAUGCCUUGAAC